CCUUUCAAAAUGGCGCCCUAAACAAAGGCUUUGCUUUUCAAAGAUGUCUCUGAAUAAUGUUUUAUUUUGUCCUGAUCACACUCAGAUAACUUUAAUGUUCAGUCCGGUGUUAAGUAAGAAGAAAGUCAUUUCCCAGCCAGCGCUAAACCAAGAAUAAAGGAGUUAUAACCGAGGACUAAACCAGAACCGAGCGAGCAGGACAAAAGCAGAUCUACAGCAGGACAAAAGCAGAUCUACAGCAGGACAAAAGCAGAUCUACAGCAGGACAAAAGCAGAUCUACAGCAGGUGUGUUGCAGUGUGUCUCCCUGGGGUGCUGACAUGUGUCUGGUGUCGGAGCAGCUGCGGGAGGCGGUGAGGCAGCGUCUGUCUGUGGCUGCAGAUGAAAUCUUUGAGCUUUUGGAGAGAACCAUGUCAGAAUACAAAGAGGAGACACAGAGACAGAGACACGCACUGGAGCAGCUGCUCAACACACGAGGACAGGGACUCAAAACAGAGGAGCCAGAGCCAGAGCCAGAACCAUCCCACUCUGAAGAGUCAGGCAGUGACGUCAUCACAGUACAGCUCUAUGUGAAGCCAGAGGAGACGGCGCCCCCUUCAGAGUCUGAGAUGGAGGAGGACGGGAGUAGUGUAAAGACUGAGGAGGAAGAAACUUCCCCACUACCCCAGGACCUGCCCCAGGACCUGCCCCAGGACCUGCCCCAGGACCUGCCCCAGGACCUAUCUCAAGACCUAUCCCAGGACCUAUCCCAGGACCUGUCCCAGGACCUAUCCCAGGACCUAUCCCAGGCCUGCCCCGAGACUACAGCUCCUCCGCCUCCUGCAGGUGGUGCUCACAUCUGCCUGUUCUGUGAUAAAAAGUACAAGUGGAGUUAUGAACUGAAGCGGCACAUGAGGAUCCACUCGGAUGAGGCUUUCAGCUGUUCAGUGUGUGGGAAGAAGUUUUUCCGGAAAGACCAUCUCAAGACUCACAUGGUCGUCCACUCCAAGGACAAACCUUUCAGCUGCUCGGUCUGUGGAUUGUCAACAAAAACCCAAAGUAACCUGGAGCGCCACAUGUCCAAACACAAGAGCCUGAAGAACAACACCCCCCAGUGUCCUGAGGAGGGCGCUGCGCUGUCCCAGAUCAAACACAGGUGCUUAAAGAGCCCCCGCGGUCCAGAGGAGGGCACUGUCAUAUCUGCGGGCUCCAGGAGAGUUGUGUCUUUGAGGCACUUCUGUACCAUGUGUGGCAAAGGCUUUGCCUCGGUCUAUCACCUCCAACGGCACAUCCCCGUGCACAGGGACAAACCUUUCAGUUGCUCAGUGUGUGGCAUCUCCAUGAAGAGCAGCAGUAGCCUGGAGCGUCACAUGACCAAACACCAGAGCGGUGACGGCAGCAGUUAUCUGGCAGAUGUUGUGCCCGCUCCACCUCUCGCCAAAUGCGAGAAGAGAAAAAAGCUGUGUCACUUCUGUGUUUUCUGCAGCAAAGCCUUUACCUGUCCGUCCAACCUGCGCCGCCACAUCCGAGUCCACACUGGGGAGAAACCUUUCAGGUGCUCAGUCUGUGGUCAGAGCUUCUCCAGGAACUACCACCUCCAGGCUCACAUGAAGAUCCACAGCAGACGGAACUCCUUCAGCUGUUCAGACUGUGACAAGACGUUCACUAACAAACAGGACCUGAAGGAUCAUCAACAAGUCCACACCGACCAGGAGCCAGAAGGUACCAGCCUCAUCUACUGCAGCAUCGACUGAAGUCUGGGACUGAACCGGGUCUGAACCAGAUUUAAAGAUGGACUAGACUGGGCCUAAAGCAGUACUCAAGUGGGACUGAAACUACUUAUUGACAAAAGAUCAGAACCGAGACUGGACCAGGAUUAAAGCAGGUCUGGACCAGGACACUUGUGUGUAGUUAAAGCCUGAUCAGUCGUCACCUUCUGCAGUGUGUUGGGGAGUGUAAAUCUUUAGAUCCGUGGAUCAUACUUUAAUUCAUGUUCACUUUUAAAAUUUAAUUUAUUUCGGAUACAUGAGCUACAAUCCUCAACAGCUUAGAUUAACAAAUAAAUUGUAAUUGGUUAAUUUAAUUUAAAAUCAGAUAUUAAAAUCAGAUCAUCAAUAAGAUCAUUUAAACAUUUUUAUCUAAGUACACUGCAACAAAAUGAUGUAGGCCUGGUUCAUACUAAAAUAGAGAAGUUGAACCAUGUGCUCCUCCACAUUUCUUUUAUAUUAAACUUUAGACUUUGUGGUUUACUGUUGUCAUGGUGAAUCUCCUUUUCUGGGAUUCAUUGAUCAAGGCUUAUGUCCCCUGCUGAACUCAGGGAUUACUAACUCUGAGUUUUCUAACUCCGCUCCAAACCUGUUUCAUGAAACAGAAAACUCUGAUUUUUCUGAGUUUGUCUCGGGGGAGGUUAACCCUGCGUUAACUCUUAAACCAGAGUUAUCUGAACUUCCUUAGUGAAACAGGGACGAACUCUGAGCACUAAAAUCAGUUUGGACUAAAAACACUUACGUUUUGGAGGUUUUAAAUCAGCCAAACGGCUCAAAAAGAUUUUACAUUUUGUCAUGAAAAAAACUUUUUCAUUUGUAAAUAUUUUUCUUCAGUCUUUUUACCAUAGUCAUGUUUAAAUCCUGAAUCUGUGUUACAGUCGACUGAAGGUAUGUGCUGUUCUUUUACUGUUCAACAGAAAACAAAAGUGGAUUUCUUUUUUUUUAAUACUCUGUUUAUUGUGUUUUUGACAUCCAAGACACAGUGCCAGUCCAUAAAAUAAGACAUCAGACAUGUCAAAAAGAUGAAUCAGCCUUUCAAGCAAAGUAUACAGAAAUAUACAUGUCAUUAUAUUUGUUAAUAUAAUAUCUUAGGACCCUUUUAGAUUAUAAAUAUUGUAUGUUGAUAGUAAUAAUAAUAAUAAUAAAAAAACUUAAAUAAAAUAAAAGCAACUGAACAUUCACACAGACAAAAAGUAAUAAUAUUUCACCAAAGUGUAUAAGUUGAACAGGUGCAUAUUACAAGUCCAUCAUAUAGCUUGGACUUAAAUAGGAGUUUAAAUACCUUCUUUAAAUAAGCUAAUAAAAGGUGACCAUAUCCUGUUAAAUUUAUCUUCCUGACCCUGUAAAGAGUGUCUCAUUUUCUCUAGAUCCAAAUGCAUCAUGACAUCUCUGAAGCAGUUCACAUGUGAGGGAGCCUCUGCCUGUUUCCACUUCAAUAAAAUACAAAAGUGGAUUUCUGUUGGUAACUUUAUGGUUUUGAGUGUUCUACAUUUACUCUAAUGAAUGUUGUAAAGUAAUAAAUACAGUGUUGGCUGUGUUUUA